AUGCUCCGUCUCUACGCAAGUAAUUGUGCCAGCAAAAUCAAAGUCGCUGUCGAGUCAGCGGCACGCUUGCAAUCGACUGCUGCCGGAUCCACAGGACACAAAUUUCAAACAAAAGAACAGAAAAAAGACGGCACAACAUAUGUUUCUAUGGAGAGGGUUUCCGACUCGCGCGGAGCACGAAAAGACGAUGAAUUGUGUUCGCUGUGCACGUGCAAUGUACCUGUGAAGCUCAGUUAUAAGGACGUUCUUAUUCUGGAGCAGUUCAUGCGAGAUGAUGGAACAGUUUUACCGCGGCAAUUAACGGGUCUGUGCAAAAAACAACAGUUGAGACUGGAAAGGUGUGUCAUGCAAGCGUUCUGGUCGGGACUUUUCGGUGACAAGUAUGGAAAUGAAGCUGACCGAGCUGGCUACAAACGAUUCAACAGGUACUGGAAAGAUGAUAUGUCGAUGUAUCAAUUGGAAACGAAAGAAAGGCACGGAACAUGGUUUUAUAUUAAAAGAUGUCUUGAUACCAAAACAAGAAUUAUGCGAAAACUUUACUGUUUCGUAUUAAUUUUAUUGCAAGCGCAUGUAAUAUUAUGCCAGAGGAACAUCAGCGCAUCGGCUUCUGGUUUGUUGAAUCUUCAACUCGAAAAGUGUCCUCAAGUUCUCGGAUGCCGUUGCGUUGGAGGUUCCAAAAGAGACAUACAAUGCUUCUCGAUAGAUGAAACCAAGCUAUUAGAACUCGAAACAGUUUAUGGUCCGGAUAUUCGUCGUCUUGAAAUCCAUUCAUGGAAACAAGAGCAACUGAAUUUCGACAUCAUCUCUUCAUUUAAGGAACUUGAAGUCCUCAUUUUGAAAAACGAUGAACUGGAGUCACUCAAUGGAACCCUUAAACAUCCUUCUUUGAGGGUUCUGUCUCUUUCGAAUUCGGAACUCUCAUCUGAUUCUGAAGUUUGUCACAUAAUCACCCUUUUUCCAAAGCUGGAAAACCUCUCACUUUCCAAAAAUUAUUUUGAGAAGUUUGAGUGUAGUGAUGUGAGCACAAAACUAAGAGCCUUGGAUUUGAGUCAUAAUGAGAUAACACAUUUGGGCAUUCCUGAUUCGGUCAAAGAAUUGAACGUCUCCAACAACCAGCUGACUUCUUUCGAUAACAUUUCUCAAGAGCUGAUCAGUUUGGACAUUUCAUUCAAUUCGUUCACUUCUUGGCCUUCAGAUGAUGGAUGGACUUUUCCAAAUUUGAAAAGUUUAUUUGCUGCGAAACUAAGCUUUGAAACUGGUUUCCAACUGGAUGCUCCUCAAUUGGAAACACUCAAUAUAGACGGCGCAACUCUCAAAUACAUCAAUUUCCAUCAAAUCAAGACACCUAAAUUGAAAAAGCUUUCUGCUCGACAUUUGCUGAGACUUCAAAACGUUGCCGGAAGCCUUCCACCUACUGUGAAUUCGGUGGAAAUUACGGACACAAUGCUCCGAACUCUACCGGCGGACUUCAUUUCAAGUCCAACUUCUUCAUCCAACAGCCGAGUGUCGUUUGAAUUCACAUCAAGUCGUCUACUUUGCCAUAAAUGUCUUUUAAAAUGGUCUCUCCCAGUUUACGCACAGACCAACAUCCGAAAGGAGUGUAAUUUGACAAGACAAGAAAUCGCAUCUGCUUCAUGCAACCUUGGUGUCGUCGCCAACGACACUGGAAUCCAAUAUGGAAAAUAUGAAAAACCAACAGCGAUUUCAUGUUAUUCGUACGGAACUCCUUCUCCAAAAAUCAGUUGGUGGAGAUUUAGACCUGCAGAGAAACUUGGAUCAUACGAUCCGAAAACGGACCAAAUCAGCUAUACAAAUGUUUCGGAUGUCAUGAGAGAAAGUUACUCAAUUCAAGCUGGUGGCUCUCUGCUCAUUCACUCUCCUAAUCGGUCUCAUGUUGAACGAUACGUCUGUGUAGUAGAGAACACAAAUGGAACAGCGUAUGGCAUUUACCAGUUCAGGCUAGAUUAUCUCGAUUGGUAUGGUCUUGAUGUCUUCCAUUCGGUCUUCUGGGGUGGUUUGGCAACUUCACUUAUCGUGUGUCUUAUAUCAUUCUUGUUAAACAUCACAUGGAUUCUAACAAGAAAAAGUGCACUUUGGUGGAUUCAACGAGCCGAAAGACUAUCAAGAGUUCGAAAAAUGGUUGAAGCUAUGGAGAAGUAUCGUGUUCGACAAAUGGAAUCAUUGCAUGAGAAAUACACAAAAAGAGUGCAAAUUGUUCGGGAUAACUAUCACCAGCAAGUUGAAGCUCUUCGCGUUUCUUACGCAGCCCAACAGGAAAAGUUCCAAAACUACAAAGCCGCUCAAGUCGAUGCAGUUCACUCGCAUUUGGAUGCUAUGAGAGAUGGAUAUAAUAAUCAAUUGGGAAGAGUCAGAGAGUACGGAUCGAAACGAGCUGAACAACUAUGGGAAAGUUAUGAGCGACAGGUCAACCGAAUGCGAACAUUUAGUUUGCAACAUCGCUUGAAAAUGAUGAGACAGUACAAAGUGAAACAACGAUAUGUGAACAAACUUCUCGAAUCGUUCCAAGCUUCGUCUCCAGAAGUUCAACUUGAAAAUGAGGAAAAAGUUCGUGCCGCUUUGGAAAUUCCGGAUGAUUUAGGAACUAUCGAUGGUUCAAUAGACACUCCCUCAAGGCUCUCGAGAAGCUCUUCUUUCCAUAGCCUUCCUGAAUAUGUUAUUGACGAGCAAGGACAUGUACGGCCAGGAAUCAUUCCAACUACGACAGCAAGCAUUAGGUUUUCAAAACCAACGACUUCAUCCAAUUCUAACGGUGCAGGUACCUCAUCAUCUCCGAGUUCUUCUGGACCGCACCGAUCUCCAGAUUCUCCACCCAAAUAG